UUCGUGCUGCUGCUGAUGUCGGUCUACUGGAUCACGGAGCUCGUCCCUCUGCCCAUCACCGCCAUGCUGCCUGCCGUCCUCUUCCCCAUGUUUGGCAUCAUGAAGUCCUCCGCAGUGGCGAAGGCGUACUUUAGAGACUUCCACCUGCUGUUGGUCGGCGUCGUCUGCCUCGCCACCUCCAUCGAGAAGUGGAGCCUCCACCGGCGGAUCGCCCUGCGGCUGGUGAUGCUGGUUGGAGUGAACCCCGCCUGGUUGAUGCUGGGCUUCAUGUCCGGCUGCGCUUUCCUCUCCAUGUGGGUCCAAAACACCUCGGCCGUUACCAUGGUGAUGCCCAUCGUGGAGGCGGUUCUGCAGCAGAUCCUGAAGGCCAAAGACGGGGGAUCGGCGGGGGAAGAUAACCCCAACCUGCAGCUGGAUGAAACUGACGUCAACACUGGAAAGAAAAAGGAAAAUGUGAAUGAGCAGCAGCAUCCAGAUGUUGAAGAGGAAACUCGAGUUCAGAUCCAGACUCAGUCACAGCCGACUGCAGCUCAGGCGUCCAGCAGGUGCAGCAGGGACCUGAUGAUGUGUAAAGCCAUGUGCCUCGGCAUCGCCUACUCCUCCAACAUCGGAGGCAUCUCCACGCUGCCGGGAACGUCGCCCAACCUCAUCUUCUCCGAGUACCUCAACCAGAUUUAUCCAGACUGCAGCGGCUGUGUUAACUUUGGGAACUGGCUGCUGCUGUGUCUGCCCAUCAGCGUCAUCAUGCUGCUGCUCACCUGGAUCUGGCUCUACUGGCUCUUCAUCGGCUCAGAAAGAGGAGAACAAUCUGAGAGAGAAAAAGCUGCAAGAAAAGUGAUAGAAGACGAGUACAGAGCGCUGGGACCCAUGAGUCCUCAGGAGAUCUUCACUCUACUCGUCUUCCUGAUGAUGGUUCUGCUUUGGCUGAGCAGAGAUCCAGGAUUCAUCUCAGGCUGGUCCAGUCUGUUCCCACGUCAUUCGGGCUUCAUCACGGACGCCACCGUUGCUCUGCUGCUGGGCCUCGUCUUCUUCAUCGCACCGGCACACGGAUACAACAGGGAAUAUGAGCCGAUGAUCUCCUGGGAGGAGUUUCAGGCCUCCAUGCCCUGGAGAGUGAUGCUGCUGGUCGGAGGAGGAUUCGCACUCGCUGAAGGAACGAAGGAGUCCGGUCUCUCCCUCUGGGUGGCCCAGCUGAUGACUCCUCUGGGUGAUCUUCCCGUCUUGGCCACGAUCACGAUCGCCUGCAUCAUCGUCACCACGGUAACGGAGGUGGCCAGCAACGCCACCACCAUCACCAUCUUCCUCCCCAUCCUCUCUCCUCUGGCUGAAGCCAUCCACGUCAACCCGCUGUUCGUCCUGAUCCCCGCUACACUCUGCACGUCCUUCUCCUUCCUGCUGCCGGUGUCCAACCCGCCCAACGCCAUCGUGUUCGCCUACGGUCACCUCAGCACCCUGGACAUGGUGAAGGCGGGGCUCGGCGUGAACGUCAUCGGCGUCCUCGCUGUCCUGUUGUCCGUGGCAACGUGGGGCGUUCCUUUAUUCUCUCUGGAUACGUAUCCUGAUUGGGCGCCGCUUCUCCCAGAGUUCAAUGCAACGGGACGGCCAUGA